AUGGAUGGUGACGAUGAGCUGAGACAACUUGACAAGACUUAUUGUACGGGUAAUGUAGGACGACAUCGUUUUCAGUGUUUUAAUAAUGAACAUAAAUGUCUUCCAUUACGAAAGUUGGGCUCAGGCAUGAGUGACUGCUCGAAUGGUUAUGAUGAAAAUUGGUUCGGUAUUGGUACUACUCUUCGAUAUCAGCUUCCAUGUUUUAAAUGGAUCACGACUGAUUGUCCUCGUGUGAUGGAAUACAUUCAUCAAUCAUCAUCGAAGAAUUCGAUCAAUAGUAGUCUGUUCAUUGAUCAUCAACAACAAGAAUCAACAUAUCGCAUGCCGUUUCGAUAUUAUUGUAAUACUUUCUGGUAUUCAGAUCAAUACAUAGACGAGACACCUUCUUCGUGCAAAUAUUGGAUAUGUCAGCAUAGUCAAUAUCAAUGUCGAACGGGGCAGUGCAUUCCAGUUGAAUGGGUUUGUGACGGUGAAUGGGAUUGGUCAGAUGCAUCUGAUGAAGAAGCUUUUGUAUUAAUUGAAAAUUCGUCAUUUCACAAUAGAAAUUUGAAAGAUUUAUCUUUACAGUUAGAAAAAUGUCGCAAACGAUAUUCGACUGCAACAUUUUCGAAAAUCUGCAAUAUAUCUUUGGAGUUUGGUUGUUAUCUAUCUGGUGUUUCAAAUCCUUUAGACAUUCAAUUGGAUCGUCCAUGCAUUAAUCUUACUUAA